AGUAAAUGAGUGCGUUAAGGUGAUGUUACACGCGUCGUUUCCGUCGAUAUCCGUCAUUAAGCGUUUGCGCGAUUUUGGAAGUCGAAUCAAAAACUCGCAGUGCGUUGCCGUACCUAAAAACUCACAAAUCUGACCCAGUUGCAUUCAUUCGGGGAUACCAUGAAUACAUGACUGAGUGGGAACCAGCACUAGAAGAUGUUUACAAACUUAUGCGGGAACCAACUAACAUAAAGAAUCCGAAUGCUGUUGCAAUCGUAAGAGAAAAAGCCGACAAAACGGUGAUGAAUGGAGACGGUCACCCGAAUACUCUAGUUGACGAUUACGAAGUUAUCAGGCAUAUUCCCAAACUGAUGUCAACGUGGGUUACCAAAUAUCUCAAGAGACCUACGAACUGUGAGAAAGUCGUAGUCAAAGGGAAGUGGGUGAACAGAGGUGGUGGCUAUGGACUCGAGAUUCCUUGUGAAUACAUAUUUGAAGGUGACAGUUUUUCUUCUAGCUGGCUAAAGCGGAAAUUGUUAAUCGAGGAAUUUGAUGCGACUGAUCCGCACAAGACCACACAAGUCUCACAAGACGAUUAGCCAUAGUAAUUAGAUUAGACAGU